GUGUGCCUGACAAACAAGGCGCUGCUGACCUUCUUUGACCGCAAGCGCGGCCGCGUCUCCUUUGUCGACAUCAACGCCUUUGGCGAGGGCGGCUACCGCGUCGGCGAGGGCGGUGGCGUCAUCUCGCGCGACGAAGCGAUGCGCCACAUCCACGUGAUCGGCCCGGGCGCGGCGGUCUCGUCGGGAGCCGACGCCGUGCUCUCGGCGUACGAGGCCGUCGGCCUCGGCUGGCUCGUCGCCGUGCUGCGCCUGCCGAUCAUCAGCCUCCUCAUCCGGGCGGUGUACGCCUUUGUCUCAAAACACAGGUACACCCUCUCGAGGCUACUGCCCGGUUUUCUCACGCGGCGCCUCUUUGGCGCGGUCAACUCGCUCCACCAGAUGGACUCUGCGGCGCAAGGUUUCGGGUGCGACGAUGAGGAGGAGUGCGAGCUGCCUUAUGACGAUUGAGCGCCGGGAGGGAGGCCCUCCUCGCGUGCGGGUCGCCGCGGGAGGGUUGCGGCGGAGCAGUACUACUUUCUGCAGGCCCCUUCUCGUCGCGACGGAGACUGAGAGCAUGCAUGCUUGUCAGGCGGAGAGGCCUGUCCCCCGGGGGUGGUCCUCCCUUGCCGAGACCCGAACUCUACACGGCGAGACGGGAUGAGACAAGAAAAUAUCGGGAAAAA